ACCGCAUUGAGAACAUUGGAAAAGAAGUCAAAAUGGCUGCGAGCAAGACAGCUUCGAGUUUUCACAGUAUGCCGCAUAGAAACGGCACGUACGUGGCCAGUCAUGGGAGUAAUUCUAGUGCGGAUGUUACUCCAGACUUGCAUCUUAAGAUGUCGAAAAAAAUCGCCCAACUUACGAAGGUUAUUUACGCGCUAAACACCAAGAACGACGAACACGAAAAUGUUCUGGAAAAUAUGAAAACAGCCCAUGAAGAAGAGAUGCAGAAACUGAUGGCAGAAACGAAGGAGAAAAUGAACUAUUUCAAAACAAGGCUGGGUGCUGUUUCGGAGCAAAGACAAAAGAUCGACAUGCUGGAAUCGCAUUUAGCGAAGGAACGUCUGCAACGAGAGGAAGCGUUAUCGGAAUUUGAAAAGUUCAAGCGUCGAAAUGGGGAGGAUGAAGCUCGAUUAAGAUCAGAGUUUUCCGACAAGAUAUUGGUGAUGUCCAAGGAAUUGCUGGCCGCCAAAAAGCAGUUUGAAGAGCGCUUGAAAGAUUUUCAAGCCGCUAGGAAGUUACUGGAGGACGAUAGAGACAAAGCUAUUGAACAACUGACGAGCAAACACCAUGAUGAAAUCGACCAACUCAUGAAAGCUCAUCGUGUGCGGUAUGACGAGGUUUUGAAAGAAAAGGAAAAGCUUGAAAAAGAAUAUCAGCAAAAGCUUGCUCUUGUAGAGUCCUCUGGCGAUGUUGCUGCGGAGGAGAGGCGAAGAAUUGAAUCUGAAUAUCAAGAAAAAAUGGAAAAACUGAAGGCAUUUUACGAAAAUGAACUCGCAGCUUCGCAUGCAAUGCAGGAAACUUGGAAAGAAGAACAGUUAAAAGAGUGGGAAAAGAAAGAGAUGGUACUUAAAUCUGAAUGGAAUAGACAAGAAAGAGUCUUUAAGGACAGGAUUUCGGAAUUAUUGAAUCAACUUAGUGAUGGAGAACAGCAAAUGUCAAUUUUGAGAGCGCAACUGAACGAGCUGGAGUCAAAACUACAAGGGAAGGAGGGAGACUCUUCAGAUUUGGCCAAACAACUUGAAGAAGCGAGGCUAGAAGGAUCUAGAGCUUUGAAGACUUUGAGGGAUACAGAAAACAAUUUAACCGUAUCCAAAAAACGUUGUGAAGAGCAAGAAGAAGAAAUCGCCCGACAAUCAAUGCAAAUUAGCAAGCUUGACGCAGCAAAGUUGUCUCAAGAAACGACCAUCAAGGACCUUAAAGCCAAUAUAACCAGUCUGCAAAGCAAACUGAACAAGCUUGAGAGCAAACAUGAUGAAUUGGGGAAGAAGUUUAGUUCUCACACAGUACAAGCGGAUUCUGAGGUCAAACGACUUCAACAGGAAAUUGAGAAGCUCUCGAGGGAAAAAGCAGACUUGGAGGAAAAAUAUAAUGCUGAGUUGAAACGAGCCAAUGAACAGUCCUCCAGCAAGGAAUUGUCACUGAGAAGAGAGCUGGAAGAGGUUACAGCAAAGUUAAAGAGAGAUCAUAGCAAGUUGCUAGAGGAAACAAAAACAAAACUCGGCAAUGAACACAAUGCCAGUGUGAGGACUUUGCAACAAGAUUUUCAAGAGAAAUUAUUGCAAAAAGAGAAGGACCUCUUAGAAAAGUCUGAGCAAGAACUUGAAAGAUUGCGUGUGGAGAAAAAUGAAGUUAUUGCCCAAUUUGAAAGCCAUUGUAGCGAUUUAAAAACUAAGUUGAAGUCUUCUGAGGAAGAAGUAGAGAGAUUAGGUAAACUUGUUCAUGAUAGUGAAAAAGGACUUGGGUCUGCAUCAUCACAUAUUGACAGUCUGAAAGAGGCACUCAAACAGUCUAAAGAAGAAUUACAGAAAACCAAGAGUGACUUGAAGGAAGCCGAGAACAACUAUGCAAAGUCAAUGGAUGAAAUGUACAGGCUUCAAGCACUCCACGACAAAGCACAAAAGGAUGCAGAAAUUGACCUGAAUGCUCGGCUAGAAUCACUAACAAACGAGCUGGAUACUAAAUGGAGUGAGAGAUUAAGGGAUGAAUGCUGUAAACUGCGCUCACAGCUGAAUGAGCAACACAGAGAAGAAAACAAAGUGUCCCUUGAGGAACUAACAAAGAUGAAAGAUAUUCAGAGAGAUGAACUAAGAGCAGAGCUGCAGAGCAAAAUUGAUGCUCUGAGGAAAACUAUUGCUGAAACCAGAAGUGACUUGGAAAAGGCAAACCGAAAUGCCACGACAACUGAGCUUGAUUUGCGCAAAGAACUUGACAUGCAGAGGCGACACAAGGAGGAAGAAAUGGCUGCUUUGUCUAUGCAACAUACCAAGCGACUUGAAGAGAUGAUAGAACAACACAAGGAAGAGUUGAGAAAACUUGAGGGGAUAAAAGAUGAAGAACUAAAGGAAUGCGAGAGCAAGCUGCAGAAGAGUCACAGAGAUGAGAUCACGUCCCAACUUCAGGCCAACAAACUCAUGAUAGACGCUGUCAAAUCUCAAGCUGAACAGAAACGAGUGAAAGACAUUGAAGAGUUGACGAUUCAACAUGAAAAUGAGCAAGAAAAUAUGAGGAGCGAGCUGUUGCGUGUCCAACAGGAAGAAAUGCAGAGACUGCAUAGGGAAUUUGAGGUUCAACUAGCAGGAAUGAGACUUCAGCUGCAGCGAGCCAAUGAAUUGCAUUCUAGAGAGGAAUCAGAGCACCAGAAACAGAUAGAGGAAUUAAAGCAGCAGAUAGAAGAAAGACAAUAUCAGAUUAAAGAACUGGAUGAGGAGAUCAGCCAGGUGAGAAGCAACAUGGAGGAACUACAACGUGAACUGCAAGCCAAAGGCCAAGAAAUAUUGAGUGUUCGACGAGAGGCUAACUCACAAAUCAGGAAACGGGAAGAAGAUUUAGCCAAAGCACACCAGAAAGAGGUUGACUCGUUAGUUGCAGAUCAUUUGCGAGAGACUCAAGCCCUACUAACAGAGUUCAAUAGAGCCAAAGAACUGCUUAGUGACAAGAUUUCUGCCUUGCAGUUAAUGCUGGAAGAGGCUGAAGAAAAAUACAGAAGCCGACAGUCACGACCAGAAGACUUGGAGUUCAUUGAACAACUCAAGAGGGCACUGGCAGAGAGAGAACUGGACAUGAAGAAACUUGUGGACGAAAAGAGGUAUUUUCAACUGGAGCUGCUCAACAGGGAAACAAAUUUAAACAAGGUUUUCAAAGCAACACCAAACAUUGGCGUGAUAAACCCACUUCAGGCAAAAACCAAACCAGGCAAGGAAGGAAUACGGCAAAGCAGUUCACUUUUCAUGAGCUCAUCAAGACUGGAUCCAAUUCCUAACAUGCCAGUCCACGAGAAAAAACUCAAUAGCAGCCGGCCACUGCCACCCACCCCGCCCAAGGAACCACCGCCACACAGAAAAACUACUGUGUAUUAAAAUGUUCUCUACUGACCCCAUAAAUUAACUUUAAAUAAAAUUAUCCAUUUUCAAAAGACCUUAUUUUAACAAGCCCUUGUGAUAUACAGUGUAUGGUAGUAGAUCAAGAGAACUGCACAAUCAUUUCCUUAAAAACUGUCUUGAAUUGUGCUCUUUGUUUAUUUUAAGUUUGUAUUGGUGUGUGUUUCUUAUGGAGAAAUUCAGUACACGUUUGUCACUUUUAUAUGUUGAUGUUGAAAAUAUCACCAAUGCCCUGCAGUGUCUUAUUUUAUUUUUUUAGUAAAUAACCAACCAUCAAGGCAAUGGAUCCUUUGACAAAGCUUGUUUUUAUGAAACUUGAGCACCACUUUGUACAAAGAAACUACUUUAAGUACAUUGUGCAAGUUAAUUGUGCAUUAGAUGUACAUAUAAUCCUCCUCAUUAUAUAGCCAUGCACAUAAACCCCGCAUGGUUUUGUACAGUGUACAGAUAACAGACUGUAAACAAUCAUUCAUCACAUGAAAAAUGCCAUUUAUGAAUGGCAUGUUGUAUCAUAGUUGUGUGAUAACUCCACAUGUAAAAAAUGUAAAAUAAAAAUUAAAAAGUUGUUUAUGAGGAA